GCCUGCGAGUGCUCAACAGCUUCCCAAGUGGGGCGGACUGCAUGCUGCUUGGCCAGGUCCUGUUGAAGAAACGAGCCAAUCAUACUGCAUCGGAGAUCAGAAAGCCACCAGCCCCUCCAAGUCAACUCCCGCUAAACCACCACUGUUCCGGUAUCUCAGUGGGUUGUCUCUGUCGCUAACGGUUAAAGGCCACUAAGCCAGUCAAAAUCUUGCUAACCCCAAGCACGUGACCGCACAAACCUGCCCAGCGAAAAUUGCCUCGAACAGUACCGAACUUUUUUUUUUUCCACGAUCGAGCCUAUUCCCUUCUCUUCGACCAUCACGACAUUACUAACCCGACCACCCACCGACCAUCAGCAGCCCAAUAUCGAGCAAGAUGGCAAAGGAAGCGCCCGUCCGCUCCGGUCUCUCCGUUGGUCUUAACCACGGCCACAAGACCACCCCCCGCGUCGUCAAGCCCCGCGUCUCCCGCACCAAGGGUCACCUGAGCAAGCGCACCUCUUUCGUCCGUGACGUCGUCAAGGAAGUUGCUGGCCUUGCUCCCUACGAGCGCCGUGUUAUUGAGUUGCUCCGCAACUCCAAGGACAAGCGUGCCCGCAAGCUCGCCAAGAAGAGGCUCGGCACCUUCGGCCGCGCCAAGAGAAAGGUCGAGGAGAUGACCCGCGUCAUCGCCGAGUCCCGCCGUGUCGGUCACUAAACAGAUCGGUUUCAACGUACGGGUGUACUGGCAAAUAUUGGGUUGGGCAUAAGGGUUCAAAGGCGUGGUCACAAAAGUUGUCUUUUUAUGGACUCCCCUUACGGUUUCUGAUAUGCUGCAUCGCGGAAUAGUUGCAGCUCACGACAACAAAUACCAAAAUUUUAAGCACACCCAUUGU